UGAAAGAACCAGAAUCGAGCGCGAAGAAAUCAAUUGGUUUGCACUAGAUCGUGAAAAAGAUAUUGGAUAUUGGGUGGCCUUGGAAGCCCAAGCAAACCUAGGAUUUUAAACAUGGCAGGAUUUUCAUUUGGGAAACCUUCAACCACUAGUGCUUUUGCAUUCGGGUCAUCUCAUUUUGGAUCAUCUGUUGGGACAAAACCAACGUUUGGUGUUAGCACAGCUCCAACUUCAUUAUUUUCUCCGACUACUACAUCGAGUUUCAAUACUGUUGUAUGCAGCUCUUCACUCUUUCAGAACCCUUCACCUUUAUCCCUGUCUUCUAAUACAGGAUUCGGUACAGUUACAACCACUUCAAAUGUUUUUGGUUUGUCGUCCUGCUCCAGCUUAGCUAAUCCAUCCACAGCAGCACCUACUUUUGGUAUUUCUUCAAUCACUGGUUUGGGAACUAACUCAAAUCCCUCACUAACUUCGCAAUCUUCUCUCAGUCAGUCAUCGGUAAAUCCUUCACCCAGCCUCUUAAAGCCGGCAGCUACGACUAGUAAUAUUGGAAGUCCAUUCACUUUUGGAUUGACUACUCCUGUCACUAUCCAAAGUACCGUGACUCCUCCAGUUAGUUUUGGUACUUCUCCUUUGACGAUUUCGUCUAUUAGCGCUUCCACCGCCUCCAUCGUAAAUACCCAACCAGUCAAUUCUAGUAGUCUUGGUUUUGGUGUAUCUUCACCUUCACUAUCAUCCACAGUGAUGACGUCAACAGCAGCAUCGUCAGUGACAUCUUACAACUUUGGGAAUUCUAACCUCUCUGCACUGGCCAAACCAACAGUGGCUUCAGGGUUUGGAACGUCGUCAUUGGGAAUUGUAACUCAAGCGUUAAGUGGAACAACGACGACUGCAACAGCAAUAUCCACAUCGUUAUGCGCCACUAUCGCAACAGCAACCACUCCUGUUUCUUCUGCCACUACUACAUCUAGUGUGUCAGUUACAUCUCAAACUCUUACCUACAACCAAUUAGAAGAACUGGUCAAUAAAUGGACUCUUGAACUUGAGGAACAAGAACGGUAUUUCUUCGAUGAAGCAGAUCGUAUUAACCAGUGGGAUCAAACUUUGAUUUGUAAUGCAGAAAAUAUAACAGCUAUGCACGAAAAGGUAGAAAUGUGUCAGUGUGAACAGAGUCGUCUUGAGCAGGAACUGGAUUUUAUUGAAGGUCAACAACGUGAAUUGGAAAGUUUACUGGAACCAUUAGAACGUGCAGUGAAUGAAUUACCACCGGGUCAGUUACAUUCAGAUUAUGAACGUGAAGCUAUAUUUCAACUGGCUACAAAUGUUGACUUAGAGUUAGGUCAACUGUUGACUGAUUUACGUGAAAUAGUCGACCAAACAAACACUACAACAAUGAAUGUUACUACUGUUCUACAGUCAUCGGGUAAUAGUACAACCACCAAGGAGAAUAGUAUGAUAAAUGGUAAUAGUAAAUUGACUUUAUCAAAUAAAGGGGAUAUUAUAAAUCAAAUUACACGUAUUCUGAAUUGUCAUAUGCAUUCGCUCAAUUGGAUUCACCAUAACACACAAGAAAUAAUGGAUCGUUUAAAGGUGUUGAAUGGUGUUUCAUAAUAAAGUGACCUCAGUUUAGAUUGUCCAAAUGUUAAUAAUGAGGAUAUAUAUGUAUAAACGCAAUUUUUGUUGUUAUUUUGACAAUAAAGAUUAUUUUGAUUUAAUUA